AUGGAGAAUCAUACGGAGCAUAACACUGAUUCACUCCUGGGCGGCAAUCGGAAAAGGAAAUAUACUGAAUCGACGGAAAAAAAACCUUCAGUGAAAUCGGUAGUGUUGAUGCAUAUUAAACAGUUAAUAGUUAACAACGAUAAAGUGGUAGCAUGUGCGUUGGAACCGAACUGUUCCUAUACACAAAAGGUGUUCCGGUCGCAAAACUUUGCACGACAUUUUCGUGUUGCACAUCCGGCGGCCUACAAUUUGCUGUGCAUCGGAGAACCAUGUAUGAAAGUCGACGAGACAACGGAACCCGCAAUCGUCAUUCGUAUGUCUAAACAGAGACUCAUCGGAGGAGUUGUAAAACUGCACACUCUGCAUAGUCUCCCGUUUAAAUCGGUUGAGUGGGAAGGUUUCCGCGAUAUAUUGGAACCUCUUCUAAAAGCAUUCAACAUUUGUUUGAAUCGUCAUAAUAUCACGGAGUACAUAAAAACAUGCGCUGACGGAAUCGACUGGUUAAUUCAACAGGAGCUGAACGGGGUCAUUAUAUCGUUGAAACUUGACAUUGUGUCGAAAAUGUACCGCAGCUUCCUGGGUGUAAAUUGCCAAUAUGUUUCAAAUCGUGGGAUCAUUACCAAAAGGACACUCGGCGUUAUUGAACUGCACGAUCGUCACACAGGUCAAAAUCUAAAGGACGAAGUUAUUAAGUUGCUGAGACACUUUCGGAUGGAUAUCUGGCAAGUGUUUUCCAUUACCAUAGAUAACGCCUCCAACAUGGUAAAACUAGUUCAGCUUCUGUCAAAAGAGGCUGAAACAUCAGACCUACUGGAGCUGUCGGAGACACUUCCAGAUGAAGAAUGUACUGCGGACCUCGGAGAUGUAACAACAACAACGAUGGAUGAAUUUGAAAUCUGCGCAAACUUAUUUGAAGGGGAUUCGUACGAAGGGCCUGAAGAGCAAACAUGGGCAAAAGCUCUCGAAGAGUGUACGCCGGACGAGUUCGUUACAACCAUACGUUGCGGAGCUCAUACAGCCCAACUGGUGGUGCAUGAUGUUUGUCGUGAAAACGAUUUUAAAGAACUAUUGAAGGGCAUUCGAAAGAAAUCAAAAAAAUUUCGAUCAGCCGAAUAUAAAGCUUUUUUCGAAGCCAGCGAGGGAACGUACCCACCACUCCCAAAUGAAACUAGAUGGGGUUCAGAUUACAGAAUGAUUCUUGCAAUGAAAACUGGAAAAAAGUUUUUUUUGAAUUUGGGAAAACAGUACGCGGAGUUGGAUCUUUCCAAAGAAUGGGGUUUCAUUGAAGAAUAUGCAGCGGCUUUUGAACCAAUACAUGAUUGCACCAUAGCUGUUCAACAACUGCAGCUUACGUUAUCUGACUUUUACAUUGAAUGGAUCCGUGCGUAUGGUCGAAUUUCCGAAUUGGACGAUGCCAACAGAUUCAAGCCAUAUCUGGUAUCCGCGAUGGAUCGUCGACAGCAAAAGCUGUUUAGCAAUCGAGUUUUCCGUGCUGCGAUCUACCUCGAUCCUCGGUUUAACUUCAACGGAUCAAGUCUGUUAUCCAAUCCGCAGAAAGAGGAAUGCAUAGAAUUCCUCGUACAAGUUGGUCAUCGUAUCAAAUCUGACCAAUCAUCUAAUCCAGAAAGGCAAUCCGGCUCUCAAAAUAUUGAACCAUCCUCUUCCUCUUCAUCUGAUCAAUUCAGUUUGAAUAAUUAUUUAACGAAGACAAUCGGUACGGGAACUCCUCAAAAGGUACAACAGACAUCGUUGGAGCUGAAAAUUCGCACGAUUCAGUACCAGAAGCGAGUAGAUGCGGACCAAAAGUUCAACGUUGUUGACUACUGGGCAGCAAAAAUGUACGAGGAACCACAAUUGUGGGCUCUAGCAAAAACAAUUUUUGGAGUACCACCAACACAAUGCUCCGUGGAGCGUGAUUUCAGUUCUUUUGGAGCUAUUUUUACGAAAACACGUCAUUCAAUUUGUUCGGAAAAUCUCCAAAAUGUCCUGAAAUUGAAGACGAAUUCUGCCCUCAUACAACCAGCCUUGGCAUACAUGUUUACAAAGGACAAAAUCACAACUUCUUCUUGA